UGUAUGUGCGGUAGGCCUGCAGGUGUAAUUGGUUAUACAUUUAAUCAUUUGACGGCAGUGCUGUAAAUUGUCCGGGUUACAUACAUACUACUUGUCUGUGGAACAUCGAGGACUUGUGACUGAGAACAGUGUUUCGUGUCACAAAAAAUGGUUGCAAUAAAAGGUCGCAAAAAUUCAAAUAAAAACCCUCCUAUAUUCAGUCAUGAAUUUGUGAUUCAAAAUCAUGGAGAUAUCGUUUCUUGCGUAGCGAUUACUUUUGUAACGGGUCUAAUGGUGCAGGCAACAUCACCAUGGGCAUAUACAUUUAUUGCUAUACAUCACAAUAUAACUUCAGACAUAGAAGAUCCAACUGUACCAAUGAAAUAUACUAAUGGUUGGAAAGAUGCAUGUGCUGUAUUUUUCUACCUCUUGAUAACAAUUGUAAUGCAUGCUGUAUUUCAGGAAUAUAUCUUUGAUAAAGUUUCAAAACGUUUGCAUCUUAGUAAAGUAAAACUUGCUAAAUUUAAUGAAUCCAGCCAACUGAUUCUGUUUUGUAUAUUAUCUGUUAUUUGGGGUAUAGACAUAAUUAUCAGAGAAGAUUUAUUGUUAAACAUAUCUUCAUUAUGGAAAGAUUAUCCAGUACCAAUGUCCUUUUCCUCAAAAUUAUUCUUUAUUGGCCAGCUUUCUUAUUGGCUGCACUGUUACCCUGAAUUAUAUUUCCAGAGGGUAAAAAAAGAGGAUAUUCCAUCCCGUGUUGCACAAGCUACAAUUGGAUUGUUUUUCACAUUGGCAGCUUAUGCUUUUAAUUUCCAGCAAGUAGGAAUCCUACUAUUCGUUUUACACUACAUGGGAGAUGCUAUGCUUCAUGGUGCUAGACUUGUUCAUUUUGUUGGAAAAAAAGAAAAGAUGACAAGAAUGGCAUUUCUUAUUGCCAAUUCAGCCUAUAUUUUUGCACGUGUUGCAACACUAGCUAUUGCUACUUUAGUGUUCUUAUAUGGUUUAAGUAAAGUUGAAAGUGCAUUUGAUUUUGCUGCUGGGAAUUUUAACAAUCUAGUCGUACGAUUCUCAGCUUUAAGCAUCAUCGUUGGUUUCCAAGGCUACCUUUCUUAUGUAUUUAUUAAGAGGCAAAUUAAACGUGCCCAAGAAAAUGCAAUUCCUGUACAAACGACGGUAAAAUCUAAACAAAAGUUAAAGCGAAAAGAAGGAAAAAAAUCUGCCAUGUCUGAGGAUGAUGAUCUACCUGAAGUUGAUCAAGCAACUAAGAAAAAAUCAUAG